AAGAAAUUAUCUCAACUGGGUCCCACAAGGAAGGACCACCUCCUAGUCCUCCCCCAAAGACAACCUCUUCUCUUCUUGUCUUCUUCAGUUCUUUUCUUUCCCAUCAAGCUUACUAUCAGCAAACAGAAUUUACCCAGUUGCCCCUCUCUCCUUUCACUCCUCUUCCCAACAAUGGCCGCCAUUGAUUCUCCCCCACUUAAGCUACACGCCUUCCUGAUUGCAUUAGCCUCCAAGCUCUUCCUUCCAUGAAAAAAGUUCCACACUCUAAAGUCUAAACUCACUCACCAUCUAAAAAUAAUUUCCCCCGGAAAUUUCUCCUCUGGCUCCCGUAUAUAUAUCUCAUAGCCCGAACCCUUUUCACUUUAUCCCCUGAUCAUCAAAAACCCAUAAUUUUUCUUUUUCAAUCAAGAAAGAGAUAUGGAUCUGGAAGAGUGGGAAGUUCUCCCUCGAGACACAAGCUUCUUCGAUUUCGGUGACGAUGGCGGUGGCAAGAGGGUUUCAUCCCCUGCAAAAUCAUCGUCAAGGAGAGGUUCUUCUUCUACCUCCUCUCCUUCUUAUUCUUCUAUGAGCCCUAAUUAUACUGUUUUAGACAUGAAUUACUUCAUCUGCCCAUCUUCUCCACCUAAGAGCUCAAUCUCAAGGGUGGUGCUUCCCAUCGAAUUGGAACCAACAGAUCAAUCGACCCCGCCACAGGAGGAACAGCUCACAGAUUCUCGCAGUACUAGGACGAUGAUGGUGAUCCCAAAAGUUAGUAAAGUUCCAACCUUUACCGGAUCUGAUGAUGCUGCUGAUCAGGACUCCGUUUCCCAAGUUUUCUUCAAGAAGAUGACGGAGAAUGAAUUUGUCGACAUGAAACUGGACUCACCAAAGUCCCUAACCAAGUCAUCUUCAUCGUCAUCCCUUUUAUCCUCCCCCAAAUUUGAUGCUGGCAAGUUUGGCUUUGAGGACAGUAGUGAUACUAAUGAUCCAAGCUUGGAGAAGGAGGGAAUUCGGUGGGUAGAGGGUAGUGGCGGAAAUGGUGAUACUGGUGGUGGUUUGAACCUUUGGAAGUGGAGCUUGCACGGGGUUGGAGCCAUUUGUUCAUUUGGGAUUGCUGCUGCUACUGUUUGCAUCAUCAUCUUUGGCAAUCAUCAGAGGAACAAGCAGCAGAAGAGGGAGCAGCAGAUUAGGUUCCAGGUUUACACUGAUGACAAGAGGAUUAAGCAGGUGGUUUAACAUGCAACAAGGUUCAAUGAUGCUAUCUCAGCUGUGAGAGGGGUUCCCAUUGCAAGGGCUCAAGUCACAUUUGGUGGCUAUUAUGAUGGCAUUUAAAUCUUGUUUACUCAGUUUAUUGGGAUGGAUCACCCUAUAAUUAGGGUUUUGUACAUAUAAAUAUAAGUAUAGUAGCUAUCGUAGUGGAUGAUAAAUUUUUGUUUUUGCUUGAGAUAUUCAAUAUUCCAAUGUGUACCUGUUGGGGCCUUGUUUACACUUAAAAUAUUUUUGGCCUAAAUUCAAUGCCGUAAUAAUGAGUCUCGACAUUUAAUUCGAUAUCGCAUGGCCAAAACGAUGUCGUUUGGAGUCGAGCAAUACCGUGGAGAAAUUAAGCGAGACAUCGAAGAGGUUCGGCGGUACCGCGGUACUUGAAACGACAUUGGUUGUAGACCAUGUGUGAGUCAUGCGCAGGACAUGUGUUGCUGUUGGACAAGGAAUGUUUUUUAUUUUAUUUUUCCUUGUCGGAGGAGGAGAGUAACAACACCAUUGGGAGUCAAGUAAUGCUGCUGCGAAGAGAUAAAACAGUGCCGCGAACCUCAAAGCUCAACGGCAUCGCGAGACUGGGAAACGGUGUCGUUUGGCUAAAAACGGCACCGCGACAAGCGGUAUCGCGGUGAGUUAAAACGAUAUCGUGAAACAAAAAACAGUACCGCAAGGAAGCUCACCGGUACCGCGGCACUGGAAACGACACUGUUUACCAGAAAAUAGGAUGGGGGCCGCACACGUAGUAUUGGUGUUGGAAAAGGAGUUAUUGUUAUUAUUAUUUUUAUUCUUUGUCGGAAGGGGAGAAGCGGUACCGCAUGGAGACAACGGCAUCGCGGAGAAUUAAAACGGUACCGCGGAUGUAAAAACGAUGGCGCGAGAGGCCUCGAUAAGCGGUGCCGAUUAAAUAAAAAAAAUCAUAUCGGGUAAGUGAAGGGCCUAAAUUCCGCCUAGCCCAAUGCGAGUGGAAACUCUUGGCGGUUCAAUGAAUUGAAAUUUUUUGG